GGAUUGUUUUCUCCUUGAGCUGCAGUUUGACCAUCGGCAAGGAGAAAACCAGUUUCGGAACCUUCUGUAUUUUUAACUUUUUAAGAAAAGAAAUAAAGUAAAUUUUAUGUCUAAGGAAAACCAGCAGAGCAUUGGCUUGUGCAGAAACUGUGUUCUUGGUGUAAGGAAGGUACCCGCAGUUAGGGCCUGGCUCAGUAAUUCCCGUGGGACUCCCCUAAAUGGAGUUGCCUUCUUGUCAACCCUGCUGGGCCCUGGCGGAGAUGUGAGGAGCAGCCCUUGUUGCUGUCUGGUUGCAGUCUGGCAGCCUUAAGCCUGACCUGGGCAUGUUGUAGCAAUGCGGGGCUGUCUGUGGUGUUGUCCGCGUGGUGUUGAGGCUCUGCAGGGGUGGUAAAGCUUCCUGGUGGGUUUAACAGAAGGCUUACUGCCGGGUGUCCUUGGUGAAUGUGCUGGAGGCCUUUUCUGGUUGUUGGGAGGCGGUGCUUUGAACUGUGUGAGUGUGUGUGGGUGGUUUUGUGUGUGUUGGUCUUAUUGUUCCAAAGAGUUCAGCUGAAAUGUUAAUUCUUUCUGUUGUUAGAUAGAAAAUCUGUCCCGGCAGAAGACUGAAAGCGUACUACGAGAGCAAAGGGCAGUGCAGACCAGGACUUACAAUUAAUUUGUGUGUUGUAAGGAAGAAGAAAAGGCUUUUUGCUGCUGUCCAGACUUUCUACCCUGCUGAGCACAGUAAAUCGGGAUGUCGGGGGGAGGGCCUUCUUGGUAUCGGAGGUGAGGUAACGAUGGUGCGCGCACAGGCAUGCAGUCUGUGAAUGGAUGCGAAGUGUGGGCGUGUUCCCUGCCCAGCCCUCACAGACAGCUCUGUUCAACCACCCGUUGCCUUGGUGUUUUUGUUAGACCCUUUCAGAAGGAGGCUCUCGAGUUCCACGCCAACAUAUGCCGAUCGUUGGCAGGCCAGGCAUACACUGGGUUUGGAGUGGACUGGCACCCUGCUCUCUUGGUGGGGCCACUGGUGUUGGCAGUGAAUCACCCUGAUGAGUUGUUGUACAGCCUCUAAUACACAGUUCCAGCCAGGCUGCUUCUCUCCUCUCAUGUUAACUUCGGGCCUUGCCACACAGUGACCUCGAGUGCUUCCAACUUGGUGUUACAUCUGUAAGACUUGGUGACCGCAGGCCUUUAGCACAGGUUUGGGUCAUGCUCUGCUGUGACCUUUUGCUGUGGGGCACCAGAGGCUCCUGUUGGUCUCUUUGUGGCAAAGCAGCCUGGUGCCCACCUCUCACCAAUACCUCAGUUGCCUUCCCAGGGUUCCUUCCUGUUCUACGCUUCUGUUUUCAUUCUGCAGCUUAACUGCAUGAGUGUUUUCAGAACACAAGUAAUGGACUUUGAGAGUUCUGUUCCUGGAAGGGAUUUAUACAUAAAGCAAAAAAUCCUGGUGCUUGUCCAGACUCUCGCAUUACAGGUGCCUGCAGACCCGUGUGAGGGCUGUGGUGAGGCAACGCCACGACUCGAGCUGCAUUGCCGUACUGAGUUCCUUCCGCUCUUUACGAUAUGUAACGGUUCUGAUUUCUUUAACAGAUAAAGGAGACACGGAAGUGUUUGUGAUCUCGAUGCCUACGUUAGGGAGAUAACAUCUGGUAAUGUUUGAGUCCAUGUGGAAGGGAGAUGAUGCUAACAUUGCCUAAUCCUGGCUUUUGCCUUCCCCUUGUGAACCAGAAACCUGGUGUUCUAACUCUUCUGCAGAGCAAAAUGGAUGUUUUUAGUAAAAUGAAAUGCUAUUAGUUAAAUUGAUUUGGUGAAUGAUGGAAAUCAGAUUGGAGGGGAAGGUGUUGAGCUGGGUGUUUAAAACCAAACCUUUAGCCCUUCUGAAGAACAAUAAAACUUUUUUCACCUGCUCUAUGUAUAACUUUGCUUUCUUCCCCCUAGUUUUACUCUUAUUUAUUGUGUACCGAUUAUCGUAUGCUAUGACUCUGCAGCCUUAAUUGAGGAGAAUAGUGGAGAGUGCAGCCUGUCGUGCAGCGGGGACACGAAUGGGCCUGUAACUGUGACCCAUGUCCGGUAGGCACAACGCUUGGUUCAGCCCUUGAACAUAGUGCAAUAAAGUUCUUGCAGUAAAACGUCUUCCCUCUGGCUCUUGAUGAAUUUAUUACAGCUCAUUAAUGUUAAAUACUCUUCUUUAAUCCGAUUUGUGGAGGCUUGCGGACACGUUUGUUCGUGCCCCCGUGUUAAUCACCAUGGGUGCUGUGUGGCUUGGAUUUGCCAGUGACUUGAAACUGUUGGGAAAGGCUGCUUUGCCUUUGUGAAGAGGGAAGCGGUGCUGCAGGCAGGAACCAUUCUCUUCCUUUCAAAUGAUCUGUUUAAAAAUGUGUAAUCUUAUCCUUAAAACCCUGAAGCAGUCCCCAGACCAGGCCACAGCUCCGGACUGUCCCAAGGCUGUCCGAGCACUGUCCUGCCUGGCAGAGCCUGAAUGGGGCGGUUGUUCUGGGGUAACAAUGGGCAAUCCAGAGUCCUGGAUCCCAGGCAGUUCCCCUUCCUGGGGAGUGGAAUGCACUGAGCUGUAGCCUUUAUUUAAACACUGCAAAAGUGCUGUUUUCUGGGCCUCACAGAUAACGAUCCCAUCAGCUCUGCUCUGCUGCCAUCAAAGCAACGUGGUACCCACGAAUUGGGAUCAUGUUCCCAAUGUUUAUCAGAUUUUUCCCACUGGUCUGUGAGAGCAAAUUUUCAGUCCUUGCUGGCAACAUGAUAAGGAACCGCUUUGACCAUGGGCCUGGAUAGCCCCAUCUCCUCUUUCUCCAAGGAUCUUUGUACAGUAUUUUUCUUUUUAACACUAAUAUCUUGCUUUAUUUGUUCGUCAGAGUUUCUACUUUUGGGUUACUGUGCCUAAAAGUGAAAUGAAAUGGCUGAUAGUCAGAGGCUACUCAGUAUAACAAAGACCACGUGCUUAAUUGGAAUAGGGAUAUUCCUGUCUGAUACAAGUUACUCAUUUCUCCUGUUAUUGUUUUUCACUAAUGUGUAGGCAGCUUCAGAAACCAAUACUUUAACUGGGGAUAAUGAUUCUUUAACUGGAGAUAAUGCUUAAUCCAUAUAUAUUUCUGUCACUUAAGAUGCUACUUUUGGAGCAAUUAUGAAUGAUGAGCAGAGCAGAAUGACUGCACUGCAGGGAUCCUGGUUUUUGCUUCUGUAAUAGCGUGUGUUCCUUUAACUGAAAAAUUAUAAAUCAUUUAACUUAGUCUUUAUGCCUGUGAAUCAAUUCCAAAGAGCGUUUUAAGUACGUGUUUCCUGGGGUGGGGAAAGAACAGCUUUGUCAGUAAACAGAUGUGGAAGUUCAGUGUUAAGGUUGCUAUCAAACCUGUCUUCUCUCUAGGUUUGUGUGGGGUCGCCACUCCGGGCAGCAACGUUCCUGCGUGUGAUAAAAUUGGCCAGAGCCUUGGCUCCAGGUUGUGGUGUUUCCUAACACAGAGAUGCUCAGCUGAAGGCACUUAGAGCACAUGGUUGCUUGCAGCCCAGCCCACACAAAGUUUCCAGGCUCCGUGCAGAACUUCGCUGUAUUCCUGUGUGUUCUGGAAGCUGGCGGGGCUGAGCCUGUGGAGGCGUAGAAUUGGCGGUGUUGGAUAGUCCCUUCCUUCUUCUAUAGAAACGGAGAUGUCAGAGAAUCCUGUCUAGAACUGGGUUUAUGCACGAUGAAGUCCCAAAGGGACAGAACAGGUGAUGCUUUUUCCUGGUCUAUCUGGACCACCAUUCAUUUUAGGCUGCCUGAGGGCUGUGCAGGCAUUGUUACCUUGCUAGCUCUGUAUUUUUUUCAGACUAUUUAGCCCCAAAUAUUUUUGCAAAGGCCAAAACCUUGGGUACAGAGCCAAAUCUUGGGACCUUCCCUUGUUCUGACCACUUGCGUCAUCAGAACAUAAAUCGCCAUCAUCAAUGAAUGAAGUGACCUAAGUGAAGUCUUUAUUGUUUUUCAUGUCAUGCGUUGAGUCUGAAUCCUGCUCCUCCGGACUGGUGGGACAACAUCCAGAGAAAAGGCGGCUUCUCCCACAGCCACUGCCUGCCUGACAGAGUGGGCGCAGUGGCAGAAUGUGCCUCCGUCCCCCCAAGGACAGAAACUCCGCUCCCUCGGCUCGUGCACUUCUCUCUGGACCACAGCAGAUCCUCAUCACAGGGAUGGGAUUGGUACCAGGGCUUGACUCCAUAGAGACAAAUGAGGGACAGCGGGAGCCAACACCAGUGAAAAAUCCCUGAUCCAAACCUGCGGAUGGAUUAGAAGAGCUCAAGGAGGGGGAAAGAACCAGGGCAAAUGCCAUAGGAUGACCGCUGCUGGUCCCCUCUUACUGGCUGUGAUAUCGUCUCUCCUGUGGCUCACACGGAGCUUCGACCCGGCUCCCAGCGCCUGCUCCGCUCUGGCCUCCGGUGUCCUCUACGGCUCCUUCUCCCUCAAGGACCUUUUCCCCACCAUCUCCUCCGGCUGCUCCUGGACCUUGGAGAACCCCGACCCCACCAAGUACUCGCUCUACCUCCGCUUCAACCGGGAGGAGCAGGUCUGCACCCACUUCUCGCCCAUGGUGCUGCCGCUCGACCACUACUUGGCCAACUACACGUGUGACCCCCGCGGCGAGGCCACCAGCCCCCCGCCUGCGCGCCAGCGGCCGGACGAGGACGAGGAGGAAGAGGAGGAAGCCGAGCUGGAGCUCUGUGAGGACGCAGGGCCCUUCACCUUCCUGCAUUUUGACAAGAACUUUGUGCAGCUCUGCCUGGCGGCCGAGCCUGAGGCAGCCCCUCGCCUCCUGGCUCCCCAAGCCCUGGAAUUCCGUUUCGUGGAGGUGCUGCUCAUCAACAACAACAACUCCAGCCAGUUCACCUGCAGCGUGCUCUGCCGCUGGCUGGAGGAGUGUCUGCAGGCGCCCGGCGCCCGCCGCUGCGGCUUCACCCAUGCCGGCUGCAGCUGCCAGGCGGAGAGCCCGCCGGCACCCCGGCGCAACGGCACGCGGCACGCUGCCCCCACGCCCGCCCCGCCGCCCGCCGCCAGCGACUGCUGCCCCACCGACCUGCAUUCUGCGAAUGCCAACGAGUUCGACCUGCCCGGGGUCCCACACGGCAAUGCGGUCGAGGAGAACCAGAAGGUGAAAACCCAGUGGCCGCGGUCUGCAGACGAGCCAGGGGUCUAUAUGGCACAGACAGGGGACCCCGCGGCGGAGGAGUGGUCGCAGUGGAGUGUCUGCUCCCUGACGUGCGGGCAGGGCUCCCAGGUGCGGACGCGCUCCUGCGUCUCCUCGCCCUACGGGACGCUGUGCAGCGGGCUGCUCCGCGAGACGCGCACCUGCAAUAACACGGCCACCUGCCCAGUUCACGGUGUGUGGGAAGAGUGGUCCCCAUGGAGCCUGUGCUCGGUGACCUGCGGGCGAGGGGCCAGGACCAGGACGCGGCGGUGCGUGGCCCCGCGGCGCGGAGGGAAAGCCUGCGAGGGCCCCGAGCUGCAGGCCAAGCCCUGCAAUAUUGCGAGCUGCCCCGUGGAAGGGCAGUGGCUGGAGUGGGGCGCCUGGAGCCGCUGCUCCGUCACCUGCGCCAACGGCACGCAGCAGCGGACGCGCAAGUGCAGCGUCGCGGCCCACGGCUGGGCUGAGUGCCGGGGGGCCCACGCCGACGCCCGGGAAUGCUCCAACCCCACGUGUCCCACCAACAGCAAGUGGGGCCCCUGGAACCACUGGAGCCUCUGCUCCAAGACCUGUGACACCGGCUGGCAGCGCCGCUUCCGCAUGUGCGAGGGCACCGGCGUGCAGGGCUACCCCUGCGAGGGCACCGGCGAGGAGGUGAAGACCUGCAAUGAGAAGAAGUGCCCAGCCUACCACGAGAUGUGCAAGGACGAGUACGUCAUGCUGAUGACCUGGAAGAAAACAGCUGCCGGGGAGAUCAUCUACAACAAAUGUCCCCCCAACGCCACAGGGUCCGCCAGCCGCCGGUGCCUGCUGAGCCCCCACGGCGUUGCCUACUGGGGCGUGCCCAGCUUCGCCCGCUGCAUCUCCCACGAGUACCGAUACUUGCAUCUCUCACUGCGGGAGCACCUGGCCAAGGGGCAGCGGGUGCUGGCGGGCGAGGGAAUGUCGCAGGUGGUGCGGAGCCUGCUGGAGCUCAUGGCUCGCAAGACCUACUACAGCGGGGACCUGCUCUUCUCCGUGGAGAUCCUACGCAACGUCACCGACACCUUCAAGAGGGCCACCUACAUCCCGUCCUCUGAGGAUGUGCAGCGCUUCUUCCAGGUGGUGAGCUACAUGGUGGACGUGGAGAAUCGGGACAAGUGGGAGGAUGCCCAGCAGGUCUCGCCCGGCUCCGUGCACCUGAUGAAGGUGGUGGAGGACUUCAUCCACCUGGUUGGGGAUGCGUUGAUGGCCUUUCAGAGCUCCCUCAUCGUCACGGACAACCUGGUGAUCAGCAUCCAGAGGGAGCCUGUCUCCGCCGUCUCCAGCGACAUCAACUUCCCCAUGAAGGGGCGCCGGGGCAUGAAGGAUUGGGCCCGCAGCUCCGAGGACAAGCUCUUCAUCCCGAGGGAGGUGCUCAGCCUCGCCUCCGCCGAAACCGAUGAGUCGUCGUACUUUGUCAUCGGGGCCGUCCUGUACCGCACGCUGGGGCUGAUCCUGCCCCCGCCCAGGACCCCCCUCGCCGUCACCUCCAAAGUGCUGAUGGUGACCGUGCGCCCGCCGACCAAGCCCGCCGAGCCCCUCGUCCUGGUGGAGCUCUCGCACAUCAUCAACGGCACGUCCCACCCGCAGUGCGUCACCUGGGACUACUCGAGGACGGAUGCUGGCUUGGGAAACUGGGACACGGAGAGCUGCCAAACCCUGGAGACCCUCCCGGCACACACCAAAUGCCAGUGCCGCCAGCUCGCCACCUUCGCCGUCCUCGCCCAGCUGCCCAGAGACCUGGCCAUGGACCCCUCGGGCACCCCAUCUGUGCCGCUGAUGAUCGGCUGUGCUGUGUCAUGUAUGGCCCUGCUGACCCUGCUGGUGAUCUACGCCGCCUUCUGGAGGUUCAUCAAGUCGGAGCGCUCCAUCAUCCUGCUCAACUUCUGCAUCUCCAUCCUGGCUUCCAACAUCCUCAUCCUCGUGGGGCAGUCCCAGAUGCUCAGCAAGGGUGUGUGCACCAUGACGGCCGCCUUCCUCCACUUCUUCUUCCUCUCGUCCUUCUGCUGGGUGCUGACAGAGGCCUGGCAGUCCUACCUGGCGGUGAUCGGCCGGAUCCGGACACGCCUGGUCAGGAAGCGCUUCUUGUGCUUGGGAUGGGGGUUGCCAGCCCUCGUGGUCGCAGUCUCCGUUGGCUUCACGCGGACCAAGGGCUACGGCACAGCGAGCUACUGCUGGCUCUCGCUGGAGGGCGGUUUGCUCUACGCCUUCGUGGGACCCGCUGCCGUCAUCGUGCUGGUGAACAUGCUGGUGGGCAUCAUCGUCUUCAACAAGCUCAUGUCCCGCGACGGCAUUUCAGAUAAGUCCAAAAAGCAGCGAGCUGGCUCCAAGCCCCCACCCUGCGGCAACCUGCUGCUGAAAUGCACCAAGUGCGGCGUGGUGUCCAGCGCGGCCAUGACCUCCGCCACCGCCAACAGUGCCAUGGCAUCGCUGUGGAGCUCCUGCGUGGUCCUGCCUCUGCUGGCGCUGACCUGGAUGUCGGCCGUGCUCGCCAUGACCGACCGGCGCUCCAUCCUCUUCCAGGUCCUCUUCGCCGUCUUCAACUCCGUCCAGGGCUUCGUCAUCAUCACCGUUCACGGGUUCCUGCGCCGAGAGGUCCAGGACGUGGUGAAGUGUCAGAUGGGGGGUUGCAGGAGCGAGGAGAAUGAGAACUCGCCCGACUCCUGCAAGAACGGCCAGGUCCAGAUCCUGACAGAUUUUGAAAAGGACGUUGACCUGGCGUGUCAGACAGUGCUGUUCAAGGAGGUGAACACCUGCAACCCCGCCACCAUCACGGGCACCUUGUCCCGCAUCUCCCUGGACGGGGACGAAGACCCUAAGCUCAACACCACCUCGGAGGGUGGCCUGGGCUUCUCCAGCCUGCCGGGGAACAUCCCUCCUGCCAGCAUCCUGGUCCAGGUGCCCAAGAUGACGCCCAACGUGGUGGCGGGCUUGAGCGAGCUGGGUGAGCCGCCGGCCCAGCAGCUCAGCCUGGACACGCCAGGUCCCGUCUACCUGUGCACGGAGAGCAGCCUGCGGCCCGUGGAGUACGGCUGGCUGCGCGCCCCCGAGCCCCCGCGCGAGAGCGACUACAUGGUGCUGCCGCGCCGGACCAGCAGCCUCAAACCCUUCCAGCGGGAGGAGGGCACCCUCGGUCCCAGCACUGAGGAGGGGGUGCCUGCUGGGACGGGGCGCCCGGCGGCCGAGGGGGACGUCUACCCCGGCUUCGUGGCAGUGGACCACGUCAACGUGAACUUGAACCAGCCCUACGGGACGAUGAAAGCCCCCUACGGGCUCCAGUUCAAGCAGCAUCCCACCGUGCGGCAGAUCCUGGCCUCGGAGCUGUCGGAGCGCAGCCGCACCAUGCCCCGCACCGUCCCGGGUUCGGCCAUGAAAGUGGGGUCCCUGGAGAAGGUGAUGCACACGCGGAAGCGCCACUCUGAGCUCUACCAUGAGCUCAACCAGAAGUUUCACACGCUGGACCGGUACCGGGCCCCGGCUGCUGGCUCCUCCAAGCGAGAAAAGCGGUGGAGCGUCUCCUCGGGCGGCGGGGAGAAGAGCGCGGCCAACGAUGCGGCCAGCCCUGGGGAGCAGCAGCCACACGCACCGGCCGCGCCACCGAAGCCAUGGAGCACGUUCAAAGCGAUGACACUGGGCUCCCUGCCCAGCGCCCACCGGGACCGGUUGGAGCUGCGCUGCACGGACUGGGAGGUCCCCUGCGCCGGCCUGGAUGCGGCCGACGGCGACUUCCAGACAGAGGUGUGAGCCCCGAACCCACCACCGCCACCAUCGCAAGAUGAGCCGAGACGCUGGGUUUGCUCCGUCCUGUCCAGCGGCCGGGGGUCCUGCCUGGCCAGAGCCGUUCCCGCAGGAGGGACCACGCUCCCCGCCGGCCGCAGCCGCCUCCUGCCCGUCCUCGCGCGGUUUCUCCUCCCUGCCACCCUCCGGACGCGGGUGCAGAGGGGACACGUGCACUGCCCCACGCUCACCCACCGAUCACACCCGCACCCCCCGGCGCAGGACCGGCCGUCGAGGCCAUGAGAUCUUUGUUCUUUUCUACCGGGAUGUUUCUUCACGCCGUGCACCGUGUGCACGCGAGCGGCUGCUCCCCGGGGCCGGGCUGCCCUCGCCCCUCGGGGCCCCACGGCCGCCCCCUCCCAGCCGUCCCCACCGUCCCCACCCCACGGGGCAGGUGCUGUCGUUGUUGGAAAUAAAAG